CCGGCGAGGAAUCUGAACAUGCUACAUAUGGUACUUUUGCCAAUCAAACCUGACAGAUGGCUUGGGAUCCGGAGUAGACUCGUCACUCCCCAGCCCUCAUGACACAAGCUCGACAAAGGUCGACCCAACAUGCUCGAAAAUAGACAACAUAAGCGUACCUAACUUGUCCGUAUAGUACCACCCGCACGGACCGGGAUAGCCUGCCGGUGAGGUAGUAUGGACGUUGGUGUAUAAAUCGCCUGUUCCCGCCUACCACUUAACCUCCAUCUUCACCUUGCAGCUCCUCCUCAUCCAUUCACAUCUAAGAUCAUACAGAGUCCAAAUCCACCGACCUCUCCACCACCUCAAAUCGAUAUAAUGCAGUUCACCCUCUCCACCGUCCUCUUCCUGGCCUCGACGGUUCUGGCCCUUCCGACACCGCAGGCCACCAACGCCCCCGCCCUCGGUUUCACUCCCGGCCUGGACAACAUCCCGGACAAUUGCAUCGCCAACCCCUCCUUCAACGCCUGCCCCGCGCGUCUCCCCAGCGGGAACGCCCUCGUCACGUCGCUCAACGUGGUCAUCAACGACGUAACCGGCUCUGUCUCGAAGCCGCCCAACAUCAUCUUCGCCGGCUUUAGCCGCGCCGCGUCCGGCACAGGCCUUAGCGAGUCCUCGACCCUGACGAUCUUCGACUUCCCCGCCGGCCACACCGACAAGAAGUGUCGCUUCCAGCUCGUCAGCGACGCAGGCGACAACACCGCCGGCAGCCCGAACAUCUACAACGUCUGGAGCUUUGUCCCCGGCAGCGGCGAGGCGACAGAGUCAUCUACGUGGUCCAACAAGCCGGCGAGGGACCAGGUGGUGGCCACUUUCAUCCUUAACGAGGCCGAUCUGGCGGCUACGACCACGAAUGAGAAGUUCUUGCACAAGUUCGUUUAUGGGCCCGGCGAGGGGUCGACGAGGGUCGAGGAGCCGUUCCCUUGUCCCGCUGGAGGGAAGAUUGCAUACGAAGUGGCUGGGGCGAUCAAGGCGCCCAGUGAUGGCGGGCCGAUGAACAUCGGAGGCCAGUCGGGGCUCGGGAUUGAGAUUAUCGGACUGGCGAGCAAGUGGGCUUGAAUGGCUACUCUUCUACCGUAAUGUAUAACCGGACUAGGUUUUAUUUUUUGUUUCUGUAUGGCUUUGGGAUGUAUUCAUAGAGUUGGCGUUAGGUUUACCACAUGUAAUAGCGUUGUUUUGAGGGGGAACAUUAAUUAACAUAC